UCUGAUGCGACUUCCGUGUGAUCGAGGGUAGAUUGGGUGAUGAGAUCGCCUUCAGGCUCGACUCCUCCGAACUCUCUCCUCUUCCGGGACGCUUCGCCAUCGCCAUCGCUAUCGCUAUCGCUAUCGCUACCUCUUGCUCUACGCCUCUACCUCUCCCUCUUCUCCCACGGCGCGGACAGCGGAAGACGGCUAGCAGCACCAGCACAAUUGUCUUGCAGACGUGCAGCAUGUCUCUUGAUGCUUGAAGUAUUUACAAAUUUCUGUCAGUGAUCUUGGAGCACUUUGGAUCUGCAUAUUAUCAUGGAAUCGCAACAACCUCAGCCAUCAUCUUCACCAUCUGUUAUGGCUCCUGACCAUCAGAACUUCGCUUCAAAUGGACAAGAUGCUUCUGCAAGACAGACACCAUCACUAUUUUCUGCUACUGGCAUAUCCUCAUGGGCUAGAAGUCUCAAAAUUCCACAACCAUCAGCCCAAGAAGAUUCCCAGCCUGGAAAUGCAGGAAAGUCCCCAUUUGCGCGUUUCACUAGUGGCUUUGGGUUACAUUUAUCUCCAAAAUCUCCUCGGCAAGAUGAGAGUGCUGAGGGCACCUCAACAACCACCCAACCUGGUGUCCUGGGAUCGCUGACAAGAGGCUUGGUGGACUCAUCUAAAAGUGCAGUAAAAGCUGUACAAGUCAAGGCUCGCCACAUAGUAUCUCAGAACAAAAGAAGAUAUCAGGAAGGUGGAUUUGAUUUAGAUAUGACAUAUAUUACGGAGAACAUUAUUGCUAUGGGUUUCCCUGCAGGAGAUAUGAGCUCUGGUUUUUUUGGAUAUGUUGAGGGAUUCUACCGCAAUCAUAUGGAGGAAGUAAUCAAAUUUUUUGAAUCACAUCAUAAGGGAAAAUACAAAGUAUACAAUCUCUGCUCGGAGAGGCUAUAUGAUGCAUCUCUAUUUGAAGGAAAGGUGGCCUGUUUCCCAUUUGAUGACCAUAAUUGCCCUCCACUCCAACUUAUAAUAUCAUUUUGUCAAAGUGCCUACUCGUGGUUGAAGGAGGACAUUGAAAAUGUGGUGGUAAUUCAUUGCAAAGCCGGCAUGGCGCGGACAGGUUUAAUGAUUUCUAGUCUUCUUUUAUACUUGAAGUUCUUUCCUACUGCUGAGGAGUCAAUUGAAUACUAUAACCAGAAACGAUGUAUAGAUGGGAAGGGGCUUGUUCUCCCAAGUCAGAUUAGGUAUGUCAAAUAUUUUGAACGCAUCUUAACAUACUUCAAUGGUGAAAAUCAGCCAGGCCGGAGGUGCAUGCUGAGGGGUUUUCGUCUUCACAGAUGCCCAUAUUGGAUUAGGCCUUCUAUUUCGAUCUCCAAUCAUAAUGGUGUCCUCUUCUCAACAAAGAAGCACCCAAGGACUAAGGACCUAAUGCCUGAAGAUUUCUGGUUCAGUGCACCAAAGAAGGGGAUCAUGGUGUUUGCUUUACCAGGGGAGCCUGGUCUGACAGAGUUGGCUGGUGAUUUUAAAAUUCAUUUUCAUGAUCGUCAAGGAGAUUUCUACUGUUGGUUAAAUACAACAAUGAUGGAAAAUAGGAAGAUUUUGAGCACUUCUGAUCUUGAUGGCUUUGACAAGAGAAAGUUGCCAUCUCCAGGAUUUCAGGUUGAGGUUGUCCUAGUAGACUACGAUGGAUCCCAUUCUCCAAGGCCCACCAGUUUAAAUGUCAACAAGGAAUCUGAUGGAAGCUCUACUGCUAGCACUGCCACAAAUGACAAUAGCACGCCGCAUCCUAAACCUAGCAGGGAUUCAGGAAGCCAAGAUAAAGAUGACGUCUUUUCUGAUAGUGAAUCAGAAGAGACCAGCUCUUCUAAGAGCAAGCGUGACAAGGUGGCCCGCAAUUUAGGAGGGUCUGCUAGUACUGCUAAAGGACCUGAAUUGAAAGCUUCGCAAGAGGCGGCAACUACAGCACAAGGUGUUGAGCAACUUUCCCUGAAAGGUGAAGGUGGGGCUACAAAAACUCCUGAUACCACUGAAGAGAGAAAUGAUGGGAAUAGGAAGAAUGAAACAGUAUCGCAACCCUCUGAGUUGGAAUCAAACAGUGUGAGUGAAUUCAAAGCAAUUGCUGCAGAUGCUUCUGUCUUUUCAUUUGGUGAUGAUGAAGACUAUGAAAGUGAAUAA